UACCCUUUCAAUUUCAAAAAGAGACUCGACUCUCCACUACUGAUCAACGCAUACAGCUACUUCUCUCACCUGCCACGAAGAUUCAUUCUACAGAAAGACAGGCUCCAGCUCGAAAGUGUCCAUUAAGAAGUAGAGACUACAUUUGUCAAGAUACUGCCAAUUAAAAAACGGGGACAGGCUGCCUUGUAAACUGUAAAUCGGAUUAUUUCAUUCAUCAUUGUCGUGACAUAAGUGUCCUCUUAACAAGUACAUCCGAAAAGUCUUUCGUUUUUUGUCAAUCUCUUCCAAGCUCUGAACUUUUCACUGCGGGGACGCGCUUGACACCGCUUUGUAAAACUACAGCGCAGUCAAUUUCACACUUCGGUAUUACAUCGGUAUAAAAGGGCCAAGACAACCGCCAAGAUGAUGAGCAACAACACACACUACGACGACCAGCUGCCGCCUCAGUACUACCAGGGCACCGAUUUCGGGGAAGAAGAGGACGACGAGAUGCCGGCCACAGAGAAAGACCUCGCGGAAGAUGCGCCAUGGAAGAAGAUUCAGCAGAACACCUUCACCAGGUGGUGCAACGAACACCUGAAGUGCGUCAACAAGAGCAUCAACGACCUCCAGAGAGAGUUGGGCGACGGGCUCAAGUUGAUAUCUCUCCUGGAAGUUUUGAGCCAGAAGAAAAUGUACAGAAAGCAUCACACUAGACCAAACUUCAGACAAAUGAAAUUGGAAAAUGUUUCGGUGGCGUUGGAAUUUCUUGAAAGGGAACACAUCAAGUUGGUAUCGAUUGACAGCAAGGCCAUUGUGGAUGGGAACCUGAAGCUGAUUCUGGGUCUGAUCUGGACCCUCAUCCUCCACUACUCCAUCUCCAUGCCCAUGUGGGAAGACGAGGAUGACGAGGAUGCCAAGAAGCUGACCCCCAAGCAGAGGCUCCUGGGAUGGAUCCAGAACAAAGUGCCCCAGCUUCCCAUCACCAACUUCAACAAGGACUGGCGGGAUGGCAAGGCCCUGGGAGCCCUGGUGGACAACUGUGCCCCCGGUCUCUGUCCUGACUGGGAGACCUGGGACCCAAACAAGCCUGUGGAUAAUGCAAGAGAAGCCAUGCAGCAGGCAGAUGACUGGCUGGGUGUUCCACAGGUUAUUGCUCCUGAGGAAAUUGUGGACCCCGACGUAGAUGACCAGUCAGUCAUGACCUACCUGUCCCAGUUCCCAAAGGCCAAGCUCAAGCCUGGUGCCCCCAUCAAGGCCAGACAGCUGUUCCCCAAAAAUGCCAAAGCUUAUGGACCAGGUAUUGAACCCCAUGGUAACAUGGUGCUCAAGCCUGCAGAAUUCACAGUGGAAACAGUUGAGGCCGGACAGGGUGAAAUCAUUGUAUAUGUUGAGGAUCCGGAGGGCCACACUGAGGAGGCUAAAGUUGUUGCCAACAAUGACCCAAAAAGGACAUACUCUGUGUGCUAUGUGCCUAGAGUUGCUGGUCCUCACAAGGUUAAGGUGCUUUUCGCUGGUCAGGACAUUGAUAAGAGCCCCUUCCUAGUGAAUGUAGGAAAAGCCAUGGGCGACCCCAACAAAGUUCAGGCCCGAGGUCCAGGGCUGGAGCCGGUUGGCAAUGUGGCUGCCAAACCAACUUACUUUGACAUUUACACAGCAGGUGCGGGGGAGGGAGAUGUUGGAGUGGUCAUUGUCGACCCUCAAGGCCGUAGGGACACAGUGGAGGUGAUGCUGGAGAACAAAGGUGAUAAUGUGUACCGCUGCACCUACAAGCCCAUGAUGGAGGGCCCCCACACCAUCCACGUCACAUUUGCUGGGCAACCCAUCCCCAAGAGCCCCUUCCCAGUGCAGAUCGCUGAAGCUCCCGCGAGUGCCUCUCCCGCGAGGCCCCCGGUGCAGAUUCUCCCGCAGGCGGUGCGCACCCCACCCGUGGAUAAGCCUAAGAAAGGUGCACCCAAAGUGCCACCCAAACCUGGCCGACCAACCAGCAACGCUAAUGCCUGCAGGGCUACUGGCCGUGGCCUUCAGCCCAAAGGGGUGAGAGUGAAGGAGGUGGCUGACUUCAAGGUCUUCACCAAGGGAGCUGGAACUGGAGAGCUCCAGGUCAACGUGAAGGGUCCAAAUGGAGCAGAGAUUCCUGUGAAGGUGCGCGAUGCUGGGGAUGGUGUGUAUGAAUGUGACUACCAGCCUUUACUGCCUGGAAAAUACACAGUCAUGGUCACCUGGGGAGGACAGCCCAUCCCACGCAGCCCUUUCGAGGUUGAGGUCGGAGUUGAGGCAGGCCAGCAGAAAGUCCGUGCCUGGGGUCCUGGCCUUGUGACCGGCAUGGUGGGCAAGUCAGCUGACUUUGUGGUGGAGGCCAUCGGCACCGAAGUUGGAACACUGGGCUUCUCCAUUGAGGGUCCAUCUCAGGCCAAGAUUGACUGUGAUGACAAGGGCGACGGCUCCUGCGAUGUGCGUUACUGGCCCACCGAGCCCGGCGACUACGCCGUCCAUGUCAUCUGUGACGACGAGGACAUCAAGGACAGCCCUUUCAUCGCUCACAUCCUCCCAGCAGCCAACGACGUCUUCCCCGAGAAGGUAAAAGCCUUUGGACCAGGACUUGAACCUACUGGCGUCAUCAUCAACAAGCCUGCUGAAUUCACCAUUGAUGCCAGGCAAGCUGGAAACGGCAAACUCAAGAUCUACGCUCAGGAUGCAGAGGGCUGUGUCAUUGACAUUCAAAUCACUGAAAAGGGUGAUGGCACCUUCUUCUGUGUGUACAUCCCAACCAAGCCAAUCAAACACACCAUCAUCAUCACCUGGGGUGAGGUCAAUGUUCCCAACAGCCCCUUCAGGGUUUUGGUUGGUGAAGGAUGCCAUCCAGAAAAAGUUAAGGUCUAUGGACCAGGUGUGGAGAAGACUGGCUUGAAAGCCAAUGAGCCCACCUACUUCACUGUUGACUGCAGCGAGGCAGGCCAAGGUGAUGUCAGUAUUGGAAUCAAAUGUGCCCCUGGAGUGGUUGGACCUGCUGAGGCAGACAUCGACUUUGACAUUAUCAAGAACGACAACGACACAUUCACUGUCAAAUACACACCCCCUGCUGCUGGGCGUUAUACCAUUAUGGUCCUGUUCGCUGAUCAGGAAAUACCCACUAGCCCAUACAAGGUGAAGGUGGACCCAUCUCAUGAUGCAGGCAAAGUGAGAGCAGAGGGGCCUGGACUCAACAAGACAGGCGUGGAGGUGGGCACACCAACUCAUUUCACCAUCUACACCAAGGGCGCAGGAAAGGCCAAGCCCGAGGUCAACUUCACUGCAGCCGUCAAAGGAGAGGCUGUGAAGGACUUCGAGAUCAUCGACAACCACGACUACUCGUACACCGUCAAGUACACUGCCCUUUAUCAGGGGAACCUGAGCAUCUCCGUCACCCACGGAGGAGACCCCAUUCCCAAGAGCCCUUUCAACAUCACCGUGGCCCCUCCUCUGGAUACCAGCAAGGUUAAGGUGCAAGGACUCAACGAGAGAGUUGAGGUUGCAAAGGAUCAGGAGUUCACUGUGAACAGCAAAGGAGCCGGCGGUCAGGGGGAGGUCGGCGUGAAAAUGACCUCACCCUCUGGCCGUCCAAUCCCAUGCAAGCUUGAAUCAGACAAGGCUAAUGAAUCUACCAAUGUGAAGUACAUCCCACCCGAGGAGGGCCCCUACAAGGUGGACGUCACCUACGAUGGGAACCCAAUUCCAGGGAGCCCUUUUGCUGUGGAGGCACUUAUGCCAGCAGACCCCUCAAAGGUACGUGCUUAUGGUCCAGGAUUGCAGGGUGGCAUUGUGGGUCAACCAGCACCUUUUGGCAUCGACACCAAGGGUGCCGGUGCCGGCGGUCUGGGCCUGACUGUGGAGGGGCCCUGCGAGGCUAAAAUUGAGUGCCAGGACAACGGCGAUGGCACCUGCUCCGUUUCCUAUCUGCCCACUGAGGCUGGAGACUACAACAUCAAUAUCCUCUUUGGUGAAGCUCAUAUCCCUGGCUCGCCUUUCAAGGCCAAGGUGCGCCCUGCUCUGGACGCCAGCAAGGUAGUGGCCAAGGGGCCGGGCCUGGAGCGGGCGAAGGCCGGCGAGGUCGCCACCUUCACCGUGGACUGCACACACGCGGGCGAGGCUGAGCUCACUGUGGAGAUCGUCUCGGAGACGGGCGCCAAGGUUGAGGUGCGCAUCCAGAACAACAACGACGGCACCUUCUCGGUCACCUACACCCCGGGCUUCCACGGCCUGCACACCAUCACCAUCAAGUACGGGGGCCAGACGGUGCCCAAGUGCCCCAUCCGUGUCCAGGUGGAGCCAGCAGUGGACACCUCUGGCGUCCGGGUCUACGGCCCCGGAGUGGAGCCCAGAGGUGUUCUGCGUGACGUGACCACCCACUUCAUUGUGGACGCCCGCGCACAGACCAAGAGCGGGGGCAGCCACGUCAAGGCCCGCAUCAUCAACCCCUCGGGCAACAACACGGACGCCUACCUCACCGACAAAGGCGACGGCACCUACCGAGUGGAGUACACGGCGUAUGAAGAAGGUAUCCAUCUGAUUGAAGUGCUGUACGAUGACGUUCCCAUUCCAAACAGCCCCUUAAGGGUGGGUGUGGUGGAGGGCUGUGACCCAACACGUGUGCGUGCUUAUGGACCUGGCCUUGAGAAUGGUGUCACAAACAAAUCAAACUGCUUCACAGUGGAGACCAGAGGUGCUGGCACUGGUGGUCUGGGCUUGGCCAUCGAGGGACCAUCAGAGUCUAAGAUGUCCUGCAAAGAUAACAAGGACGGCAGCUGCAGCGUGGAGUAUGUGCCCUUCACUCCCGGUGACUACGACGUCAACAUCACCUACGGAGGCCAGCCCAUCCCAGGCAGUCCAUUCCAUGUGCCGGUGAGGGACAUAGUUGACCCCAGCAAGGUGAAGUGCUCCGGACCCGGACUGGCCCCUGGUGUGAGGGCUCACCAUCCACAGACCUUCACGGUGGACAGCCGACAGGCAGGACAGGCCCCACUGGACGUCAAGCUCUACGGCCCAUCAGGGGCUACUGAGCCUGUUCAGGUCAUGAACAAUGAUGAUGGAACGCACACGGUCAACUACACACCCGCCCAGGAAGGUCCUUACGCCGUGUCUGUGAAAUACGCUGACCAGGAAGUCCCCCGCAGCCCAUUCAAGGUCAGUGCAGGCCCAGCACACGAUGCCAGCAAAGUCCGUGCCAGCGGUCCUGGUCUGGACACCUCUGGGGUGGCCGCCAGCCUGCCGGUGGAAUUCACCAUCGACGCCCGCGAUGCCGGCGAGGGCCUGCUCACCGUCCAGAUCCUGGAUCCCGAGGGCAAGCCUAAGAAGGCCAGCAUCCACGACAACAUGGACGGCACUUAUACUGUGUCCUAUCUGCCCGACAUGACCGGUCACUACACUAUCACCAUCAAGUAUGGUGGCGAUGAGAUCCCUUACUCCCCCUACCGCAUCCAGUCUCUGCCCACUGGAGACGCCAGCCAAUGCCUCCUCACAGUGUCCAUUGGAGGACACAGAGUCGCGAACCUCGGGCCCAAAAUCCAGAUGGCCCAGGACACUGUCAUCACAGUGGACGCCAAGUCCGCUGGGAAGGGCAAGGUGACCUGCACUGUGCAGACACCCAACGGCAUGGAGAUGGACAUGGAUGUGGUGGAGAACCCCGACGGCACCUUCGACAUCUACUACACAGCGCCCGAGCCGGGCAAGUACGUCAUCACCAUCCGCUUCGGAGGACGGCACAUUCCCAACAGCCCAUUCCACGUCACGGCCACCAAGGAGCCAGUCGUCCCUAGAGAAGACUUAGAGGGCAUGUUCCGCCCCCUCAAUCUUGUCAUCCCCUUCACCGUGCAGCAGGGAAAGAUUACAGGCGAGGUGCGUAUGCCUUCUGGUAAGAAAGCAUGCCCUCAGAUCACGGACAACAAGGAUGGCACAGUGACUGUGAAGUACGCUCCCACUGAGAAGGGCCUGCACGAGAUGGACAUCAAAUACGAAGGCAACCACAUCCCAGGAAGUCCUCUGCAGUUCUAUGUGGAUGCCAUGAACACUGGUCAGGUGACAGCUUAUGGUCCUGGUCUGUGCCACGGCACUGUCAACAAGCCAGCCACCUUCACCGUGGUCACCAAGAACGCUGGGGAAGGUGGUCUUUCUCUGGCUGUGGAAGGACCUUCAAAGGCUGAGAUCACCUGCAAGGACAACAAAGAUGGAACCUGUACUGUGUCUUACCUGCCCACUGCACCUGGCGACUACAGCAUCAUUGUGAAGUUCGACAACAAGCACAUUGCUGGCAGCCCCUUCACUGCCAAGAUCACAGGUGAUGAGUCGCUCAGGACAUCCCAGCUGAACGUCGGCACAGCAGCAGACGUCUCGCUGAAGAUCACAGAGACAGACCUGAGCUCCCUGACGGCCAGCAUCAGAGCACCGUCCGGCAAAGAGGAGCCCUGUCUGCUGAAGAGACUUCCCAACAGGCACAUUGGAAUCUCCUUCACCCCUAAGGAGGUGGGUGAGCAUGUGGUUAGCGUGAUGAAGAGUGGAAAGCAUGUGACAAACAGCCCCUUCAAGAUCAUGGUGGGUCAAUCAGAGAUCGGAGACGCCAGCCGGGUCAAGGCCUUCGGCAAGGGCCUGGUGGAAGGCCACACCUUCGAGUUGGCUGAGUUCUUUGUGGACACCAGGAAUGCAGGCUAUGGUGGACUGGGGCUGUCUAUUGAGGGUCCGAGCAAAGUGGAUAUUAACUGUGAAGAUGCAGAGGAUGGGACAUGCAAGGUGACAUACUGCCCAACAGAGCCUGGCAACUACAUCAUCAACAUCAAGUUUGCCGACAAGCACAUCCCAGGAAGUCCUUUCACAGUGAAGGUGACAGGAGAAGGCAGGAUGAAAGAGAGCAUCAUGAGGAAGAGACAUGCUCCCUCUAUCGCGCCCGUGGGCAGCACAUGCGACCUUAACCUCAAAAUCCCAGGAAACUGGUUCCAGAUGGUGUCCGCUCAGGAGCGUCUGACCCGCACGUUUACACGCAGCAGCCACACCUACACCCGCACCGAGCGUACCGAGAUCAGCAAGGUGCGCGGCGGCGAGACCAAGCGGGAGGUGCGCGUGGAGGAGAGCACGCAGGUCGGCGGCGACCCCUUCCGGGACAUCUUCGGCGACUUCCUGGGAAGGGAGAGGAUGGGCAGUUUCGGAAGCCUGACCACUAGAGCAGAAGGAGAAGCUGGGGUGCAGCCACUGACCGCUCAGGUGACCAGCCCUGGGGGUAAGAUCGCAGACGCAGAGAUCGUGGACGGAGGGGACAGCACCUACAGUGUGCGUUUCGUGCCCCAGGAGACUGGCCCCCACACCGUCAACGUGAAGUACAGGGGCCAGCACGUCCCUGGCAGCCCCUUCCAGUUCACCGUGGGGCCCCUGGGAGAAGGAGGUGCCCACAAGGUGCGGGCUGGAGGCACUGGACUGGCCAGAGGAGUGGCCGGAGUUGCAUCUGAAUUUAGCGUGUGGACACGAGAAGCUGGCGCUGGAGGACUUUCCAUCGCAGUGGAAGGGCCCAGCAAAGCUGAGAUCUCCUUUGAAGACCGGAAGGACGGCUCCUGUGGAGUUUCUUACAUGGUGCAGGAACCAGGUGACUAUGAGGUGUCAAUCAAGUUCAACAACGAGCAUAUCCCUGACAGCCCCUUUGUCGUGCCGAUUGCCUCUCUAUCUGACGACGCACGCCGACUCACUGUCACGAGCUUGCAGGAGAAGGACCUGAAGGUGAACCAGGAGGCCUCCUUUGCUGUGCAGAGAAACGGCGCACGGGGCGUUGUCGAGGCCAAAGUCCACACGCCAUCCGGGAGAGCUGAGGAGUGUUUCGUCACAGAGCUAGACAGCGACAAGAAUGCAAUCAGCUUCAUUCCACGGGAGAACGGCGUCCACUCCAUCGAUGUCAAAUUUAACGGAAGCCACAUUCCUGGAAGUCCCUUCAAUGUGCGUGUGGGCGAACCUGACCAAGCCGCAGACCCAGGCAGAGUGUCCGCCUACGGACCUGGCCUGCAGGGAGGCACCACAGGUGUGCCUGCGGAGUUUGUGGUGAAUAUCUGCAAUGCUGGAUCCGGGGCCCUGUCGGUCACUAUUGAUGGUCCCUCCAAAGCUAAGAUGGACUGCAUGGAAUGUGCAGAGGGCUACAAGAUCAGCUACACACCAAUGGCACCAGGGAACUAUCUCAUCUCCAUCAAGUAUGGAGGACCACAGCAUAUCGUGGGCAGUCCCUUCAAAGCCAAAGUUACAGGUGCGCGUCUGUCGGGAGGCCACAGCAUGCAUGAGACCUCCACGGUGCUGGUGGAGACGGUCACCAAGACCUCUAAGAUGGCCGGCGCCUACAGCUCCAUGUCCAGUGCCAGCAGUGCCACCGCGGCCGCCGCCAAACCCGCAUCGGACGCCAGCAAGGUAGUGUGUCGAGGGCCCGGCCUCUCCAAAGCUCUCGUGGGUCAGAAGAACAACUUCAGCGUGGAUUGCAGCAAAGCAGGUACCAACAUGCUGAUGGUUGGCGUGCACGGCCCGAGAACUCCGUGCGAAGAGGUGUAUGUGAAGCACGUGGGCAACCGCCUCUACAAUGUCACCUACACAGUGAGGGAGAAGGGCAACUACAUGGUCAUCGUCAAGUGGGGAGAUGACACGGUUCCAGGGAGCCCCUUCCAAGUGGCCGUCCCCUGAACACGUCCCCCGGCCCCCCAUCUUGACCUGUCCCUUUUCCACCGCCACCCCAAAGUGCUACGCUGCUACGCACACCUCUGUGGACUGAUUCCCCCAUCUCAAUAUGCACUAAAAAAUGCAAAAAACACAAACAAAAGACAGACUUUUUUCUCUGUUGUGGGGGAAAAAAUGAGAAUCUCACAUUUUUGUGCCAAAUAUUUUAUAUUAACUCUCUGUGCUGUUCUAGAGUACUUCCUCUUUGACAUAGCUGUGUUCACCCUCCCUAAAGCCACUUCCAUAUAAGGCCAACCAGUAUUUCCUCCAUUUAAAUCAAUGUCACACACCUGCUGCAGUCAAAUCAAUCAUUGUUUUUUUGCACAAUUUGCAAGUCAGUCAUGUUCAGCUGUGACAAGACAUGCACACUCUUACACUUAACACUAUCAAACCAACCAUCACAUUUAAACAUUUGGCUUGGCAACAUCACUGUACUGGAAAGAUGUCUCUGGCAAAUUGACACAUUUUACAGACAUUGUGAAUGAUAGCAAUUCUCAACAUGAAGUGAGCAUCUUGCUUCUUGUGUCUACAAUUGGGAGGACCUGGGUGGCCAGGGCUUAAUGUGUGAAUGUUAAACAGUAUUAAAGUGUGUUGUUGUAUGGUUUUAUAUGCUUUAUAAUAAGUUUGUUUUUUGUUAUAUUAACCAAUUGUAAUGGUAAUUUCCUGCAGAUCUAAUAAAAAAAAACUCAACUGCCAA